AUGUCUGCACCAGGCACAAUCAAAGUGAGAUAUAACUACCAUGCCGCUGAGCAACAUUGCCAGAGUCUCUCUGAGAGAGGCAGACCAGCUCAUCUUGUAUCCAUACUGGAUGAGGAAGAAAAUCAGUUUGUAACUCAUUAUGGUAAUGAUCUAUGGAUUGGCUACAAUGAUUUGGAUGUAGAAGGAGUUUAUACUUGGAUAGAUGGAAGUCCUGUUGGUUAUGAAGGAUGGGCUCCUGGCUUCCCAGUUGGCGAUGCGUACGGGAAUCAGGAUUGUAUAGUGACAUACAAAAGAAUGUGGAAAGAAUGCUCUGGUCAAACAUAUUGUCCACGUUCAUGGCUGGCGUUUAAAGACAACUGUUAUCUGUUGGUCAGAGAGACGAAAAACUACCAUGCCGCUGAACAACAUUGCCAGAGUCUCUCUGAGAGAGGCAGACCAGCUCAUCUUGUAUCCAUACUGGAUGAGGAAGAGAAUCAGUUUGUAGCUCAAUACACAAAGACAGUCCUUGGUCAGUAUGAGGUGCUAUGGAUUGGCUUCAAUGAUUUGGAUGUAGAAGGAGUUUAUACUUGGAAAGAUGGAAGUCCUGUUGGUUAUGAAAGCUGGAAGCCUGGCUACCCAGUCGGUGAUGCCCACGGGGACCAGGACUGA